CCGCUCUCACCAAACCUCUGCUCUCUCUCUCUCUCUACUCUGCGAAAAUGGCGAUGAAGGCUUCUCUCAAAGGCAAGUACGAUGCUGAUAAAACCAGCGGAAUCGGUUCACUUGCUUUCAACGCCGGCGAUAUUAAGCUACGCGCCACCAUGACUGAUGCUACUCUCGUCGCUGGUCCUACUUUGACCGGUCUCUCUCUCGCCGUCGAAAAGCCUGGUUCCUUCAUGAUCGAGUACAACGUCCCUAAGAAGGAUGUUAGGUUUCAGUUCAUGAACACAAUAAGAAUUGCGGAGAAGCCGUUGAAUUUGACUUACAUUCAUAGCAGAGCUGAUAACCGAACAAUUGUCGAUGGGAGUCUUGUGAUUGAUUCUGCAAACAAACUCUCUGCUAACCACAUGGUGGGGACGAACAACUACUUCUAGUAAGUUGCUGGGUAUGGAAUGGUCAAGGAACAACAAAGCAAGUGGAAUCAAGGUAUGUGCGUCUGUGAAUCUUGCGGAUGAAGUGAAAACGCCGAAGUUGACCGCAGAAACUACAUGGAAUCUUGAAAUGUAGUCUCCUCUUUACACUACUUAAUGAAGUUUCACUUCAAUUGUUUGGUGUUGCAACACAUUUAACUAGUCGGUUCUUGCAAAUCUUCCGAAAUUUUGUUGCAACAGAUUCCUCAUUAUAAACUAGCAGUUCUUCG